AUGGCUCAUGUGUGGCUCUGUGUUGGCCUCAGCCUGACCGCAUGGGUCGGGGGCUCCCUCGGCCUGCCGCCGCAGCACCUGGGCUGGCUGCGUCUCUGGGAGGAGGGGGCCCAGUGCGGGGACUGCCUCCCGGCUCUCUGCCCUCCGGUCCGGCCCGGAGGCUGCCCGGCCGGCAGGGUGAGAGACCGCUGCGACUGCUGCGAGCGGUGCGCCAACGGCGCGGGGCAGAGGUGCGACCCGGACGCGGCGCAGGAGUUCUACGGCCGCUGCGGAGAGGGGCUGGUCUGCCGGAGGAAGGCGGCGAGGAGGGGGCACAGCCGGGCCAACCCGGAGCCCGCAUGCACCUGCCGGGAUAAGGGCAGAGUGUGCGGGUCAGACGGGUGGACCUACCCUAACCUCUGCCAGCUGAAGGAGGCCUCGAGCCGCAGUGAGAGAGGCAUAAGGGCGGUAGGAGCGGGAACCUGUCGAUCUGCCCCACGCAUCCUCCGUGGCCCCAGACACACGUCCAACUCCACGGGCAGCGGCGUGGUGUUUGGGUGCGAGGUCUCGGCCUAUCCUCUCCCCAGUGUGACCUGGAAGAAGAGAGGGAGCCACUAUUUCUUGCCGGGGGACCAUCCUCGCAUCUCUGUUCAGAUGAGGGGUGGUCCCCAACGUUACUCUGUCUCUACCUGGCUGCAGAUACAGGGUCUCCAGCUAUCAGAUGCGGGAGUCUACUCUUGCAUUUCCCAGAAUGCCUUGGGAGAGACUUCCGCGACUGGAAAGCUUACAGUGCUCAGGCAGGGGUCGAGGAGGACAAAGGGCCACCUGAAGGAGGAAGAGAAGGAUCACAUUGUUGUCUUGGAGGACGACAGUGAAGAUACACAACCACAAUCUGGACAACAUGGACUAGAGAGACUAGAGACAAUGUAG